AAAUGUCAUUGUCAGUUGUCAUUGAUACCGAUCGCGAGCUGUCAAGUUUCUAUUUCUAUUUUUACGUUAUCAUUUUAGGAUUUUGAUAGAGAAAUGGAGAAUUCUAAAUUGAAAUAAGUGAUUAUUUUGUGAUAAAGUGACUGAGUUUAAAUAAAUUUAUUUUAUUUCUUCUUAAUUUUAAGCUUAAUCGAUUACAGAACAAUUGAAAGUAUAUUGUAAUAUUUAUUAAUUUUAUUUACAAAAUACCGGUUUGCCAGCAUGGCGCGUCGAUUGAUAUCUCUUUUGUUUAUACUGGCCAGUACCCUGUACAGUAUGGGUGUGGAUAAAGGCAAUUUUAAGACUUGUGAACAAAGCAGUUUCUGCAGACGUCUAAGAGGAAUGACUGCUGGUGAAAGUAAAUACAAAUUGGACUUAAAUUCAUUGCAAAUUUCCGAUAAUUCCAUCGAGGCCAAUUUGCUCAAUGGAGACGUUAAACUUAAAUUCACUUUGACUGCAAUCAAUGGAAACAUAUUUAGAAUACAAGUCGAUGAAGCAAAUCCUUUGUACAAGCGCUACAAACCACAGUUUGCUUUAAAAGGCGAACCACAAGUUUCCAAAUUAAGCCUUCUGGAACGAUCAACCGAUUCUGUAUCCAUAGCCCACAAUUCCGAUAAAGUUGUACUACAUGCGGAACCUUUUAAAUUAGAGUUCUACCACGAUAAAGAACUAGUCAGCGUGGUUAACGGUAGAGGAUUGUUUGCUUUUGAACAGUAUAGGAAGAAACAAGAAAACACCAACGAUGAGGGUCAAGAAACACAAGCUGUCGACGAUCCGGGUAUGUGGGAAGAAAAUUUCAAAUCCCACCACGACAGUAAACCCAAAGGACCUUCAGCUAUUGGAAUGGAUAUCAGUUUUCCAGGUGCAUUAAGGAUUUAUGGUCUACCAGAGCACGGGGAUAAGUUACCUUUACGAACCACUGGACCUGGUGGAGUUGACCCCUACAGGUUGUACAAUUUGGACGUGUUCGAAUACGAGUUGGAUUCCACUAUGGCGUUGUACGGUGCUGUUCCUGUGGUAUAUGCUCAUUCCCCUAAACAUACUGUAGGACUGUUUUGGCACAAUUCAGCCGAAACUUGGGUCGAUAUUAAUAACAGUAAAGAUGGUAAUGUCAUGGCUUCUAUUGUCAAUUUGGUGUCAGGAAGCAAAACUGAGAGUAACAUAGACGUUCAUUUUAUGAGCGAAUCUGGUUUAGUUGAUGCGUUUAUGCUGAUGGGUCCUUCUCCGAAAGAUGCCGUUAAACAAUACGUUUCUCUUACCGGUGUUCAUCCAUUACCUCAAUAUUAUACACUAGCCUAUCAUCAGAGUCGUUGGAAUUACAAUGAUCAGGAUGAUGUUACCACUGUAGUUCAAAACUUUGAUGCAAAUGAUAUGCCGGUCGAUGUCAUGUGGUUGGAUAUUGAAUAUACAAAUGGGAAAAAAUACUUCACUUGGGAUCCCGUUAAAUUCAGUCAUCCUGACGUCAUGAUCCAAAACUUGACUACAACCGGAAGGAAACUUGUCGUGAUCAUUGAUCCUCACAUCAAACGAGAGUCAGGUUAUUUUGUACACGAGGAUGCAUUGGCCAAUGAUUAUUACGUUAAAAACAAAGAUGGUAGCGUUUACGAAGGAUGGUGUUGGCCUGGUUCGAGCAGUUAUUUGGAUUUCUACAAACCGGAAACAAUAGAAUACUACAAGGAUUUGUAUUCAUUGGAAACUUUCAAAGGCACCACGCACGACGUUUACAUUUGGAACGAUAUGAACGAACCUUCGGUUUUCAACGGACCUGAAGUCACCAUGCCGAAAGAUUGCAUUCAUCACGGAGGCUGGGAGCACAGAGAUGUUCACAACGAAUACGCACUGGCUCAUGUUUACUCGACAUUCCACGGAUUGAUGAAACGUACGCCAAACAAGCGCCCUUUCAUCCUCACAAGAGGCCACUUCGCUGGAACUCAACGUUACGGCAUCAUAUGGACUGGUGAUAACAUUGCUGAUUGGGCACAUUUAGCUAUCAGUUACCCGAUGUGCCUCAACGAAGCUUUAGGAGGCAUCAGUUUUUGCGGAGCCGAUGUGGGUGGUUUCUUUAAUAACCCCGAUGUAGAACUGUUGCAAAGAUGGUAUCAGGCCAGCAUUUGGUUGCCUUUCUUCAGGGCUCACGCGCACAUUGAUACCAGAAGGAGGGAACCAUUUUUAUUCGCCGAUGAUGUGAAGAACAGGAUUAGAACUAGUUUAAGAUUAAGGUACGCUCAUUUACCAUACUGGUACACGCUGUUCUGGCAACAUGAAUCUGCAGGAGAGCCAGUUAUUCGACCGCUUUUCUACGCUUACCCAACAGACGAGAAUGUUUUAGAUGUAGAUAACGAGUUGCUGGUAGGAAAUUCGAUUCUGUCGCGAGUUAUUGCCGAGUCUGGAGUUUCUACAAUAAAUGUUUAUCUCCCAGGAGGUCCCAACGAAUACUGGUAUGAUAUCGAAGAUUUCAAAUUGUACCACGGUACUGGAAAUCACAAUAUUCCUGUUUCGUUGGACAAGAGUCUCGUUUUCUACAGAGGUGGUAGCAUCAUCUCGAGAAAGGACAGACCUAGAAGAUCAUCGCCUUUAAUGCGAAAUGAUCCGUAUACUUUGUACAUUGCUCUGGACUCGACCCACAAAGCCGACGGUUACUUGUACGUGGAUGACGGGGAAAGUUUUGCGUAUAAAAAUAAAAAGUACCUGUAUAUUCACUUCUCGUUUGAAGAUAACACUUUGACGAGUGAGUUGGUUGAUAAAACUGAUUAUCCUACGACCGAAUGGAUUGAAAGGUUGGUCAUUCUGGGCCCACCAAAAGGUAUAAAAGGUGCUAAACUAACAAGCAAAACUUUCCCAUCUGUCGAAUUGGAUACUUCGUAUAGUAACGAAGACAGGAUUUUAGUUGUGAGGAAACCAGGUGUGGCUGUAAGAGAGAAGUUUUCCAUUAAAUUACAUUAAGAUUUAGAAAUAUUUAAUUUUUCUUGUAAAUUUGAGGUACUGCAAUUGAAAGAUUUUUGUAACAGUAAUAAAAGGCAAUUUUUUAUUUUAUUUUUUUUUGUUGAUUUAAGAAAUUUGUUUCGUUUUGUAAUAAAGAAUUGUAGUUACAUUAUUGCUUUUUGCACCCAUUUAAAAUCAUGGUCUUUC